UUUUGGUAUUAUUUGAAUAAAGAAUUGAGAGGUUAGAGUUAUUCGGUGAUUUCCGGGUGCACCACCUUCAAAGCGGCCGCAGAAAGUGAAAGUAUUGCGGGAAAUUCCCGCAGCCCUGAUGAUGGAAUGAGAGGACACACCGACCGACCGACGCCCGAGCAGCAGCUGCAUCAUCCCUGAGCUCAGCCUGUGCAGCACAUGGGUACCUGCUUCAGGAAGAAGAUGGGCUUCAAGAGCGGCAAAAGGUCUUUGGAAAAGGACGGCAGAAGACCUUUGAUAGAAGACGACGACUGUGACCUGCCGGAUGUCUGCUGUCCGACACCUGUGAGGUCCCCGCAGCAGGACCCGCAGCUGCCCAAGGAAGCGCUGGAAGAGAAGGUCAGGCGUUUUUUAAACGAGGCCCUGCAGAUAGACAGAAGCCAGAGCUGUUGCUCUGAAGAAGGUUAUGUCAGACUUUAUGUGGACAUAAUUCAGGUCAUCAAAGGCGCAGAGGCACGUGACGGCGUGGCGCCGGUUUGUUACAAAGAGCUGCUGCUGUUUGUGAAGAGGUACAAGCAGGAGCAGGUUAAGGAGCUGAAGAACAAAACACGGACUUGGAAAAAAAACAGGGAAACGUGCGAAACAAUAGACUUCCUGAAGACUUUGAAAACCUGUAAAGAGCUCAGGCUGUACAUCCAGACGACAGCAGGAAGGAUUCCACGGCCUCUUUCUGGAGAAACUGUUGCAGAACUGGAAGACAUGGAGACUUGUACCAUGAAGCUCUUGAUGGACGUCAUUGCUGACAUGGCCGAGAGCCGCCUCAAAGAUUACUUCAGAUCAGCUCAGAAAUGGCUUCUUCUGCUCACUGACUUGGAGAACAUUUUCCCCAAACGGCCGUAUGCUGCUGAUGAGCAAAAGCUGGUAAUAGACAAAGCCUAUGAGAUCAUAGUGCAAAGCUACCUCAGGUGUCUGCUUCAGAACAGUCGGUCCAGGCUGAAGUGCUGGAGUGAGAAGCUUGGACCAGCCAUUUCGCUGGAUGCUCACCGGCUUCACCAAACCAUGGAGAACUUGGCUCCUGGAGUCCCAGAGAGGAAGGAGAUUCUGCUCCGAAUCCCAGAGGUGCUGGAGUGUGGAGACAAUGAUGGACUGAGGCUCACUGUGGCGCUCAUGAAGCAGGACCUCUGUCAACACAAUGUGGACCUGGACCUCCUGCCAAAGCUGCUUCGGUGGAAGGGCCACUCCAGAGUGGAGGUGAAGGAGGUGCUGGACGCCCUAGCGGAUGCUGCAGAUGGAGUCCCUCCUCAGUCCUGGUGGAGGCGUCUGUCCUGCUGCGUCUCUGUCUGCUGUCAGCCAUAGAAACCACAGAUUUAAAAGCUGCUUUCCUUUUUCCCAAUCAGCUGCUGAGAUGCAGCAGAACGCUCCUUCUUUCAGGGAAAACUGCAGCAGCUUUGUCCUUCGUCACCAUGAGAGGAGACGACACAUAGAAGUUGAAAGUCCUCGUCUUCUGGUUUAAACUUGUCAUUUUGAUUUGAAUGCCUUCAGUUUGUCAGACAAGAGAGAUGAAGUCCAGCAUUACUGUUGUUGGACAGUUUUUCACUUUAACAGUAAUGAUGCUGUUUCUACACUUUGUUUCGUGUUUUAUUGGUUUCUGACAGCUGAAAGGAAACCUGAGUUCUUCAGUGCUGUUCUUGUGACCAUUACCACUAGGUGGAGCAGUAAGCCUUCCUGAAAAACUGAAUAACUAUUUGUGUAGAUGACCUUAGGCUUUUACCAUGUUUCAUUUUUUUGUACAAAAACAGAGAGAAAAAAAAAAUAAAGCUCU